AUGGCUUCAAUUCCAUCAAUGAAAUCUUUAAAGAAAAUUUUCUGCGACGAGGAAGCAGCUUUCAAGUUUCUCCAAGAUAAGAAAAUAAUUAAAAGGAAGAUUGAUUGUCCUACAUGUGGCAGAUGCUUUGGAAAGCAAAGAUUUUAUUAUCGGUGGAGAAGGCAUCGUCGUGGAAAUAGACGAAGCCAAGAUGGGUGGAUGGAAGUACAACAGGGGACACCAGGUCUGAAAUUCAACCUCACUCAACUUUUAUAA